AAGCCUUUCCUACAGUGUUCAACCGCAGCUUUAUCCAGCAUGAAGUCGUGGGACAGUAUAGCCACCUGUUCUCUGUCUAUGGCUCAGAUCCCAGUUUGCAGCCCUACAUGCUGAUGGCUCACAUGGACGUGGUUCCUGCCUCUGAAGAAGAAUGGGAGGUGCCCCCGUUCUCAGGCCUGGAGCGUGAUGGCUUCAUCCAUGGCCGGGGCACACUGGACAACAAAAACUCCCUGAUGGCAAUCCUGCAGGCCUUGGAGCUCCUGUUGACCAGAAACUAUAGGCCCAGAAGAUCUUUCUUCAUUGCUUUGGGCCAUGAUGAGGAGGUGUAUGGGCUAAAGGGAGCUCGACAGAUUGCAUCACUCCUACAGGCAAGGGGUGUUAAGCUGGCCUUCCUUGUGGAUGAAGGGAGUUUUAUUUUGGAAGGUUUUAUUCCGAAACUAAAGAAGCCUGUUGCCAUGAUUUCAGUCACAGUGAAGGGUAUCCUUGACCUCAUGCUGCAAGUAAACAUGACUCCGGGCCACUCUUCAGCACCCCCAAAGGAGACAAGCAUUGGCAUCCUUUCUGCUGCUGUCAGCCGGUAA